ACCUCCGCACAAAAUGAAAAAUUGCAAGUGAUUCAGUAAAAGAAAGAAAAAUUCAAAGUUGAUUAUAAGUUAUUGGGAGCGAUAAUGCCAAAAGCACAUUUCGUUGCAGUGCAUGGUGUAGGCCAUGGAGCUUGGGUUUAUUACAAGCUGAAGCCGCGUAUCGAGGCAGCUGGCCACCGGUUCACGGCGCUCAACUUGGCUGCCGCUGGUGUCAAUGAAAAGAAACUGGAGGAGGUUCGUUCAUUGUCUGAAUACACAACGCCUCUGUUGGACUUUUUGGCCUCAGUUCCUGAGAAUGAGAAGGUGAUACUGAUCGGACAUAGUGGUGGCGGAAUGAGCGCCGCCGUGGGCAUGGAGAAGUACCCGGGGAAGAUUGCGGUGGCUGUGUUUUUGAAUGCAAUUAUGCCGGACUCCAAAAACAGCCCCUCCUAUGUUUUGGAGCAGGUAAUAAAAAAUAAAUAAAUAUAUAAAAUAAAAUAAAAAAAUUAUUCCUCAUUGAUCUCCAUUAUAUAAAAGCUCACCUUUUUUUUUUUUUUUCAAAUUCAUUUUCGACCUAACAUUCUUCCGAUAAAAUAAAUUUACAUGUAAAUUCAAAGCCCCAAACAUUUUAAAAUCACUAUUACAAAAUCUAUUCUUUAGAAAAAAAAGAGACCAAACCACACCAUUAAGGUGCUAUGAUAAAUACAUUCAUAAUUUUAAGUUUAGUAUGUAAUAUAUCCCCUCAGUCAUGCUCAAGUAGACCUUAGUUUAAAGAAACUUGGAAAUAUCAUAUUGAUUUGGAGUUGAGAUUUGCUGUUCAAUUUUACUAUCCAAAUGACUGUUCAUACAAUAAAUUAUCGAGAUGUUAUCAAUAAUUAAUAUAUCAUUUCAAAUUUACCCUCAUUAAUGCCAUCACUAACCAAUCAAAUUGAUGACAUGUCAAUAAUUCAUCUAAUGUACAACCAUUUGAGCAGUGAAAUUGGGCAGCAAAUCUCAUCUCGUUGAUUUGGUGCGGUAGGGAUAGAUUUUUUGUUACAAAUUGAGUGAGUUUGAGGAGGAGUGUAGUUGAGUAGGGGGUAGGGGAUUGGUUGGUGGAGGAUUGAUUUGUGGGGUAGUGUUGGUGGUGACAACUAGUUGUUGUUGGCUUGGAUGGGAGUUGCGGGGUGGAUUGGGUAUUGGAGAAUAAGACUUGUUUGUUGAUUUUGAGAAGAUUCAAAAAUUUUGCUGCAAUAUAUCUUUUAUUUUUAAUUUAGUUGUUAUCUUUUUCAUUUUUUGUUAUUAAUUUAAAGAGAUAGUAAAUUCGUUUUUCUACGUUUCAAGAAUGGUGGAAUGACGAGUUUUGCUACACUUUCGAAACAGGAUAAAGCUAUCCUGCCAAGAAUAGCUUCAAGGGAUAAAAAA